AUGGCUUUAAUGUGCCUCCUACGUUAUUUCUUUUCGAAUGAAAAGAAAGUACAGAUCUGGACGAAGAAUUUGAACGGGCUGGAGAAAGAUCCUGAAGACAUUAAACGGGAAAAAAAUGAAAACAUUAAAAAAAAUAAAAUGAAAACAUUAAACUUCAACGACGAUGGGGAAGUGACGUUGGAGCUUCAAAAUCAGCCGUAUAAAUCGAUAACAACAACAGUAACAUCUGUACAGCGUGAAAAUGGGUUCGAAAAUCUU